UUGACUCAACACUUUCCGGCUCCGAGCAGCGGUCUGUGGAGCGGCUUAACAAAGUUAACAUGGUAUAUCAUCGGACGAUAGCGUAACUAAUGACACGUUUAAGCGAUAUUAUGGAGACUCAAGACAGACUACUGUUUUCGAAGCUUUUUCACAAGCAUAGACAGGUAGAAGUUACUUUAAACCGCAGUGUUUUGGCUUGGAAGGAAACUGAGAAGAGCCGAAAACGAAGCUCUGGCAUCAGCAACAGGGCUGAAACAGCACACAUCCAUGCUCUGCAAGUGUGUGAGAUAGUGGCUGUCCACACCAAAGAUGAUGACCAAGACAACAAAGAGACUAGAAGGAGUCGGGCGGAAGCAAAGCAGACCUCCCGGCUGCAUCCCCAUGCUUUCACAGUUUCCUAUAUCAGAAGAACAAGGCAGCACCAGUGGUGCUGCAGUGAAGUGAUUUUCCACUCUGCCAACCAGGCACUCAGCGAGCAGUGGAUCAAAGUUAUCAAUGAGCAACUGGCAUUACUCACCCACCGACCGAAGAGCCUUCUGGUGUACAUCAAUCCGUACGGGGGAAAGCGGCGCGGGAAGCGUAUUUACGAGCAGAAGGUGGCCCCACUGUUUGGCCGCGCCUGCAUCUCAACCGACGUGAUUGUUACAGAGCGAGCCAAUCAUGCCAGGGACCACUUGAAAACGGAGGCCAAUCUAGAUAAAUAUGACGGGGUGGUGUGUGUGGGUGGAGAUGGGAUGUUCAGUGAGAUCCUGCACGGAUUAAUCAGCAGGACCCAAACAGACAACGGCGUGGACCCGAACCAACCGGAUGCUGAGUUGGUACCGUGUUCUGUGCACAUCGGGAUCAUUCCUGCUGGGUCCACUGAUUGUAUCUGCUUUGCCACAGUGGGAACCAACGAUCCAGUUACUUCUGCUUUACACAUCAUUGUGGGUGAUUCCCAGCCGAUGGACGUGUGCUCAGUUCACCACAACGACAGCUUUCUCAGAUACUCUGUCUCGUUGCUUGGAUACGGUUUCUAUGGUGAUGUACUGAAAGACAGCGAAAGGAAGAGAUGGAUGGGUCCCGCUAGAUAUGACCUGUCAGGCGUGAAAACCUUUCUGAGUCACAACUACUAUGAAGGCUCCAUCUCUUUCCUCCCCGCUGAGAACAACAUGGGGGAUCCCAGAGACAAGCUGCAGUGUCGAUCCGGGUGCAGCGUCUGUCAGCAUAAGCCCUCAUCAAAGGACACGCAGUGGGAGAUGUCAGAGGAGAAGGAAAUGUCUGAUAAAGUUGGUGGUUGGAGGACUAUCCGUGGAAAGUUCAUUGCAAUAAAUGCGGCCAGUAUGAGCUGCGCGUGUCCCCGCAGUCCAAAGGGUCUGUCGCCCUCUGCCCACCUGGCUGACGGCACCACAGACCUCAUCCUGGUCAGGAAGUGCUCCCGUCUGGACUUCCUCACGCAUCUCCUUCGACACACCAACAAAGAAGACCAGUUUGACCACUCGUUUGUAGAGGUCCACCGGGUGAGGAGGUUUAAUUUCCAGCCACAGCAAAAUGAGAUGCAUUCUCUAGAAGACCUGACUGAGACUCCAAAGAAGACGGGCUUCAGGCCCAUAUGCUCUGCUCAAACAAACUACAACUACCAGGACUCCCACAGCAGCUGGAACUGCGACGGGGAGAUUCUACCUCACGCUGCCAUCCGUGUCAGUGUCCAGCCCCAGUUGAUCAGGCUGUUUGCCCGGGGUAUCGAGGAGCAGCAGCAGAGUUUGUUAGAAGACCCUUGCACACUGUGGGCAUUGGAACCAAACACACACUAUUCAGUGGACUGAGAGCUGGAUCGGACAAUUAGCUGCUAGGAAACAAAAACUGAGUUGGUAAUAUUGUCCUGGAAUAUCAAAAAGUAUGAACCACAAACGAUGGCAUCCUAUCUCUCCUUAGUAACUUCAACAAAAAUAGCAGGAAGUCCUCUCAAUACCCUCAAAGGUGUGGCUGCCAUCCCCAGCCAUUAAGAGGAAAAAGUUAUUUUGCACUCUUUGUUGUCACUAAGGAGAUCCAGCACUCAGAUCUCCUUGCUGCGCUUGGGGCUUUAAUGUGCAAAAUUGCAUCAUGCAGCUUUAACCCAAAACUGACACAGCUGUUAGUGCCAGCACUGCCACAUUUCAAACCUCCAUUUCCGUUCUUUUAUCUGUACUUUUUGGAAAAAGGCAGAUUUCGAAGCUCAGAGGAUCUCAAGGCGCCAGAUGAAACGGAGCUGAACAGGACUGAUCUGGACUCAGCCACCACAAUCGGCGGGAGGGUUUUAUACUGCCAUGAAGGAGAACACAAACAGGAUGUCUCCCCGUGUAGCAAAGAGAGACAGCCAAGGAGAUGAUGCUUUAUUUUGGGGAAAGAGGAAGAAAGGCCUGGAAAGCAAGCAGCCAAACUGGAUAGACAUGAAACGCCACAUGCAAUCCGAUCAUCCCUUUUUGGGAGAGAAAUAACAUUUCAUCUGUGACCCAGGUGAGAGCCGAUAUGAGCCAGGGGCACUAAUGAAAAGAGCUGAAUACCCUGCUAAUACACUAACAGGACCCUGGUGGAUUCUGGGUAAUAAGGCAAAGUGGUUGCUAAGUGAUUUGGUGUGUCUCAGCACUGCUGCGGUGCACCUGUGGCUCUGAACGCUGCUCCUCCCUGGCCAAAAAACACUGAAAGUUGAAUCAUCAUUUGGUAUUAGCCAGGCUCAGAAUUCUUCACAGUUUUAUUAAAGAUUAUGUAUUGUAUGGCUGCUAAAUUAACCUUUUGUGUUCCCUUUUGUGAAGCAAAACCAUCAGAGAAUGCUAGCCUACUUUCACAUUUAUAAAAAUAGGUAUAUUAAA